AUGUCUUCGGGUGGAAUAAAAGAAGAUUUUGAACAGUUGUAUCAAGACAUUAAAGAAAACAAAUCAUUUAUUAAAUACCGAUUCUUUUCUGGAUCCAAAGUAGUACUUCCAACUGAUUUCUUGUCUGAAAAACAAAAUGCCUUGUAUUUCCUUUCUGAUACUGAAUAUGGUUCAAUCGUUACUCCUACUAUGGUUGAUAAUAUUAAAGAUUUAAUCUCAAGUUUACCAAACCUAAAGAAACUCAAAAUCUCUUCAAACGAAUAUGGAGUCAUUACAAAACAAAUGGUGGAUUGUUUAGCAGGAUGUUUAACAAAUAAAAAGAUCAAGCUUCUACAAAUGAUCAUUUGUGAUGGGGAUAUUCAAAAAUAUCAACCAAUUUAUGAUGCAUUGGAAACCAAUCAUUCUUUGAACAAGUUGAGAUUAUUUGGUAAUUAA